AUGAAAGAUUUGCGGACUGUGUUUCCAAAGUAUUAUGGAGGUGGGAAAAGCCUUUUGAGAUCCAAACGCAGUUUGCCUGUUCACAUGCGGACGCGUCUUUACGAUCAUCUAAGAAGCAAGGAAUUCGAUAGGGAUCCUACUGAAGCUCAAUUGGAAUUACCAGUCGUACCUCCUACCUCAAGAAUACCUUACUGGAAUGUUUUCAAAGGUGACUACGUUCACGUUCAUAGCGGCCCUAACAAAGGGAAAUGGGGCCGUGUGUUGGAUACAAACAAAUACACAAAUGGCAUUACCAUCGAAGGUGUAAAUGUGCGAUCCGUAAGAAUACCCAAGUAUCUUUUAAGAAGCCCUCCGGAAGAUGGCAAGGACCCUGUUGUGGAUCUCGCCCACGAAAUUCCCUAUUCGCAAAUUCAGUUGCUAGCAAACGCUAAAAGUACCGACGGAAAACGCGUCCUUGUACCCGUGGAAGCCACUUCAAAAUCCAAUUCCCCAAAAGGUCGAAAAUUAAUCGCUCCUAAUUACGAAGGAAUCGACAAUAAAGACGUUCACCUCCCAACCCCAAAGGAUGAUAAGCCUCAACGCGCUGACGGCAGUAUGGACACAAAGGAGUCUACUGUCGCUAAAGUUACCUGGAGUCCUAGUUUGACUGAAGCUCCCUUGCCUCCUUUUGCCGUUGGUGAUUUGCGUGUCAAUUGGUCUCGUCGUUUGGAGCAUGUUUGGGCAUACAAAAAAAACAAGAAAGAUAUUUUCGAAAUUGCCAAAAACUUGGUUCGCGCCGAAAAUACCGCUGAAGCUUUCGUUAAACAAUAUCCCGACCAUGUCACACAGAAAAAACCCAGCUCAUGA